AUGUGGUCUCCAAAUCUACCUUUCAUAUCUACAACCUGUCAAAGUAUGAAUAAAGUAGAUAUGGUACUAAAAUCGUAUCAAGAUCAAAUAAUGGAUUCUGUAAGAAAAGAAUGUGAUCCAAGCAUUCAAAUUACAAAUCAAAUUAUUGAUGAUAAAAUUAAUCAAUGGCAUUUCCAUAAUAGCAAAGAACCGAUCGGCAAGAAAAGGAAUAUGAUUGUUACACCAACAUUGUUGGUACAUGGUUAUGCAGCGUCAUCUAUGGCUUAUCAUAGAAAUUUCAAAGCAUUGUCCAGCCAAAUUAAAGAUCUGUAUGCAAUAGACUUGUUAAGUAACGGACUCUCAGCUUACAUUCCUUUAGAAAAGAUUCCAUCAUCAUCAAAUUUGAAAUAUAAACUUUUAAAAGAUGAAAAUAACAACAGCAAUAAUAAACAAAAACAGAUUUUAAUCACUGAUGAUUGGGAAUCGAUAGAUAAUCAAUGGGAAAUGAUACAUCAUUAUGAAAAUUAUUAUAUAGAAUCCAUCGAACAAUGGAGACAAUGGAAUCAUAUUGAAAAAUUCAAUCUUGUUGGGCAUUCCUUUGGUGGGUAUAUAUCAUGUAAAUAUGCUUUAAAGUACCCAAACCAUGUUAGCAAAUUAGCUUUGUUGUCUCCAUUAGGUGUUGAAAGAAAUAUUUCUUCUUUGCACAAUGUGAAAAAUGAUACAUAUGCUACGAAGAAAGGCGAUAUUAUAUCAAUUAAUGAAAUCGAUCCAACUUCGCCAUAUUUCACAAGACUCUUCACUAUACCGAGCUUCUUUUUCAAUAACCAGUUGAAUAUAUUACGAUGGUUAGGUCCAGUUGGUGGGAAGUUAGCUCGCACUUUCAUUGAUAAAAGAUACAGUAAUGUUCCAAAUAAAGCAUACCAUGAUUAUCUAUAUCAUGUGUUCUAUAAAUCUAAGAGACCGUUCGGCUCAGCUAAUGUAUUGGCAUUAACUCAUCUUUUCACACGUCAAAUGAAUGCAAAGGAUCCACUAUUGGAUAAUUGUGACCAAUUGAAAAUUAAAGAUAUUUUAAUGGUAUAUGGAGAUGAAGAUUGGAUGAACCGUGAUGCAGGUUAUUGUAUGACGCAAGUUUUGAAUAAAUCAGGACACAAUGCCAAAUAUUUUGAAGUUCCUAAUGCAGGGCAUAAUUUAUUCUUGGAUAGUCCUGCAUGCUUUAAUAAAACUUUAAUACAAUUUUUAUCUUAG